UUUUAGUCGGUAUCGAACCGUCGUGUUGUUCACUUGGGAUCAAUCACUUUCUCUGUUCGAUUGAGUGAUGAAGUGCCAAUUGUGUGUAGUUUUGGGGUGUGAAUGAUUUUCCAUCUUCCAAUGAUCGACUGAGAAUUUCAUUUCUGUUGCGUCUGUCCAGUUGCAACCGAUGGCAGACGACUUCAGGUUUUAUUCGGCCUCGUUGGGCAUUGUACGCCCGUUCUGCCAACACCAAGGUGAACCAUCGUCCGGUUUCUUUUUUUCCCUUCUCCUCCAUAUCAUUGUUACAGUAAUCAUAACUAGUUGAGAUCAGCAAGACGUUUGAGUAUCUUUGUGUUCUCAUCACCGGUUCGAUGUUUUUUGUAGGGGACUAUGGAAUUUAACUGAAGACAAAUUCGUGGAAAAAAAGAGUUAAAUAAGGAGACUAUUUGCUACUAUUUAGUGUAAAGGGGAAAACACAAUCAGCUAUUUAAAAUGGAUGCUGGAGGUGGACAAGGCAAGAAGCAGAUUCGUGUUGGAUUUUACGAUAUCGAGGGUACAAUAGGCAAGGGAAAUUUCGCCGUUGUUAAAUUGGCCCGGCAUCGGAUCACCAAGACAGAGGUGGCUAUUAAAAUAAUUGAUAAAACACAGUUGGAUUCAACAAAUUUAGAAAAAGUUUACCGUGAAGUGGAAAUAAUGAAGCAGUUAGAACACCCACAUAUUGUGAAGCUAUAUCAAGUUAUGGAAACGAAAAAUAUGAUAUAUAUGGUAUGCGAAUACGCAAACAAAGGUGAAAUCUUCGAUUAUAUUGCUAGAUACGGAAGAAUGGGUGAAUCCCGUGCUCGUGCAACAUUCGCCCAAAUUCUUUCGGCUGUAGAGUACUGUCAUUCGACUGGUGUUGCACAUCGUGAUCUGAAGGCAGAGAAUUUACUUCUGGAUGCCCAAAUGAAUGUUAAAAUCGCUGAUUUUGGAUUUAGCAAUCGUUUUGUACCCGGUGAGAGACUGAGUACGUGGUGCGGUAGCCCACCUUAUGCAGCACCUGAAGUUUUUAGAGGGAAACACUAUGCUGGUCCUGAAAUUGAUGUUUGGAGUCUGGGUGUGGUACUUUACGUUCUAGUGUGUGGGGCAUUGCCGUUCGAUGGGUCGACUCUGCAGUCCCUGCGUGAUCGAGUUCUGAGUGGUAGAUUUAGAAUUCCUUAUUUCAUGAGCACAGAUUGUGAGAGCUUAAUACGUAAAAUGUUGGUGCUAGAGCCAGCAAAGCGGUACACUAUUCCUCAAAUAAAGAGGCACCGUUGGAUGAUUGGAACUGCUGAUUCCAUAUGUCCUGUUUUGAACACAACUCCAUCAGCCCUCCAAGAGCCAAAUGAGCAAAUUCUCAGGCUUAUGCAUAGUUUAGGCAUUGAUGUUACACGUACCAAAGAUUCACUAAAAAAUAACAGCUAUGAUCACCAUGCUGCCAUAUACUUUUUGUUAUUGGAAAGACUGAAGCAACACCGAAGUGGUAACCCAUCGAAUAACCCCGCCUGGCCUCCAGUAUCACGUGGAAAGGAAGAUAAAUUCAAAUCAAGAAGGGACGAAGCAAACAGAGGUGGCAAGCGUUUUAGUUCGACGUCUUCUUCAACUGACGAGGGUUGCUGCAGUGCAGAAGGUGAUCUGGAAGAGGGUCCAAGCGGUGAUGAACUCCGUGAGGCCCAAAUUAAGCUCCAAGAACAUCGACUGGGAUUAGAUCGUGAUAUAAGCCAAAGAAUCGAUAGUCAAAUUGUGAAUCGUCGACUAAGUGAUUAUCAACAACAGCACUUUGAUUCAAUGAUGGAGCCCAUUGAUCCACCGAGUCGUGUCACACUCUUUGGGGCUGGCUGCAGUGGCAGCUCAUCCUCUGAGUUAUUUGAAUCGAGCUUUGACUCUGGUUGUCCACCAGAUUUUUCAAUUACUGGAUGUUUUACCAGUAGUUUACCAUCGUGCACUCCACCACCACCAAAAAGUCCAUCGCCGAUUGCAGCUAGAAUAGCGAGAACAGCUCAGGGGAGGAGAGCGUCUGAUGCAGGACCAAGACUGAUGUUUUGUCAACAGACUAGUACGGGUGAUAGGCCCGUUAAACAACGCAGUAUUCAAGAUUCAGGGAAGGCUCGUGGGCACCUCGACCUCGUGCAUUUGCGCCCAAGUUCAACAUCGCCAAAUCAGCAGCAGUUCAAAGCACGUGGUGACUCAAAUAUGCAGUUGCAAUUGUUAGUACAACAGAGAAUGCUACAACAAAAGAGAAAUCUGUAUCAUAGACAUCGAGGUGGUGGCAGUCCAACACCCUUACCGGGAUUGUCGGGUAGUGGGAGUAGCAGUGGUUCGUCGUCGGCGAGACGAAGUAGCGAACAUGUUCCACGGCAAGACAGUUACAAAAUGGCCCAACGAACACAAAUUCUGCCACCACUCUCUCAAGCAUCCGAUUCUGACUUCGAGAGAGAAAGAGAACGUGAAGAGGACAGAUGGAAGAGUUUACCUUCUCGACUUGCUGCUGAUUGUCAAUUAGCCGAGAGGACACUGCUAUGGAGCCAGCAGGUAACUUCUUGAGAAUAUUGUUAUAUUCAUUUAGAUUAGAGUUUGAGAGGACUGAUUUUAUUUUUAAUACUCAAAUUCAAUAUCGUGGAAUAGAAUGAGGAUCUAUUGAUUAAAUACAUUAAAUUCAAAAUAUACAGUUGAAAUUUUUCUUUCUCAUUAGAACAUUUUCUUUUGAAUUGUUUAACAAUUCUCAGGGAAUUAUUUUAAUUCACGCAAUUAUAAUUAAUUUUCUACACUUCAAAUUGAGUAUUUGCAAACCAUUGCAAAGAUAAAACAAAGUUUAGCUCACAAUUUAGAAAUGUAUGUAGUCUGUACCUGCAAAUUUGUUCCUAUAAUUUAUUUAUUUCACUGCAAUAAAUGACCAUUAUUUUUUUAAA